ACGAGACUGAAGUUGAAUACGAGUUGAGAUAUGAGCAAAGAAAUAAGAGACUAUCAUCACCUUCAAUCUUUCCAGCAGAAAGGAUUUAGUUUAUUAACACGCUAUUUUCGAUCAUGUCUCAGAAGAUCAACGACACCUUCGAUGAGUGCUUCUGGGGGGAGUAUCUGGAAAGCCAAGGUUCACGAUUACCUCCAUUACCGGAUGUUGAGCGCAUCACUCCACGAGUUGUACGUGUACUUGCAGGUAAUCCUGGUGGGUUCCAACUGCAGGGUACCAACACGUACCUAGUGGGCAGUGGUCGUGAGAAGAUUCUCAUUGAUACCGGUCAAGGCCUGCCGGUAUGGAUCGAUCAUAUUACCCGGGUCAUAUCCGAGAAUAACCUGAAGAUCAUGGCUGCAUUGAUCACCCACUGGCAUGGCGACCAUACUGGUGGCGUACCUGAUCUACUGGUUCAUUUUCCGCAUUUAUCGUCCGCUAUAUACAAGAACCAGCCAGACCGUGGCCAGCAGGACAUUCUUGACGGACAAAUUUUCCAAGUAGAGGGAGCCACAGUACGCGCCUUGCACACACCAGGUCAUGCUGUUGACCACAUGUGCUUUGUACUGGAAGAAGAACAGGCGAUAUUUACCGGCGAUAACGUGCUUGGUCAUGGGUUUACAGUUGUGGAAGAUCUCGGGGUGUAUACGAACAGUCUCGGUAUUAUGUACAACCAAGGGUGUCAGAUAGGGUAUCCAGCACAUGGAGUCUUGAUCACCAAUAUGCCAUUGAAGAUGGCAGAAUAUAGAGAUCAAAGAUUACGGCGAGAGCGGCAGGUCAUUUCUGCCCUGCAGGAAAGUCGGCAGAAGAGCACAGGGCGAGGCAGUAUUACGGUGCAGGAAGUGGUGCGAUCAGUGCAUGGCACUGUCCCCGAGGAAGUCAGUAAGAAGGCAUUGGAGCCAUUCAUGCAGGAGGUACUUUUGAAGCUGGCGGGUGAUCGUAAAGUUGCUUUUGAGCUGCAGGGGGGAGUAAAGCGGUGGUUCAUUGUUGGUAAUCGAGUUUGAUGAUAUUAUUUUUGUACAUCCUUUGCUUUUUUGCAUCAAAUUAAUUUUGCAUGACUACCGAAGAAUAUCGUAUCUGUUUUCAAUAGGGCUCAUGCCGCUGGAAAACUGUACAGCCCAUACACGUAUGCAAAACGCGAGCCAGUAUCCGUGCUUCUAUCAAAAUCCGCCGUCCUGGUUAGAGCACUG